UCUGUCAGUACACUAGUGCCUUGAAAUGAAGCCUGCUCUCUCAUUACUUGUUUAAAUUUUCCUUUUCUAAUUCUCAUACUUUUCCCAACCAGGUAAUAUGACUUCAGACUCUAUAUGUUCGGAGCCAUCUGCUAGUCGAGGGUUAAUUCUCAUCUCUGAAGUUAUGAUAUGUACAAGUGUGUGUUUCAGAGUACUGACUAUGCAGUAAAAGUGGUCAGGUCAGCAAGGAAAAAUAGUGCUGGAAUGCUGCUGGGACUGAGAGCUGCAGAAUCCAAACAUGGCAUGGACAUUUACAAUAAUCGAUAAGCUAUGCAAGAUAUCCCAUAGCUGAUGUUGCGUCCUUAGGAGGGAAAAAAGCUUUCCCAGCCAUCUAGGACCUGUUUCCUGAGAAGGAUGAUUUGUUGGAUAUUGGAUUUUCAGUGCAAUGACACACUAGCUUAGUAUCAAAAGCAAAUCAUCUGAGAUGGCUUGGGGCCCAAUGGAAACUCUGCUGCCCUUGCUGCUGCUGCUUUUGGCACUGUCUAGUCAGGCCCCGUUACCCUUUGAGGGCAACCAGAUAGAACCUACGAAUGUUACUGAACAGUUGCCAAGUUUUAAAAUAACUUUUGCCACAGAUGCUUUAAAUUUAACAAAUAGGCUGCCCCAUGCAAUCAUUAUUGGAGUCCGGAAGGGUGGGACCAGAGCACUUCUAGAAAUGCUUAAUAUCCACCCAGAUGUAGCUGUGGCCAAAUCUGAAGUUCAUUUCUUCAACUUGGAUGAUAAUUAUGUUCGUGGGCUGGACUGGUACUGCUCCCAAAUGCCACAGACUUUUCCGCAGCAGUUAACUAUUGAGAAAACACCUGGAUACUUUACCUCAUUAAAGGCACCUGAGAGAAUUCACAGGAUGAACAGCUCCAUACGGAUCCUACUGAUCGUCCGUGACCCUGCCCAGAGAGUCAUAUCUGAUUACACACAGAUACUUUUCAACCGCAAAGAGCGCAACAAACCCUACCAGAGCCUGGAGGAAAUUCUAAUCUCUAAUGGGCAAUUAAAUACAAAGUACAAGGCCAUCCAGCGAAGUCUCUAUGACCUCCAUAUGGCCAUCUGGCUUAAAUUCUUUUCACUGAGUCAGAUCCACAUCGUUGAUGGUGACAUGUUGAUCUCCAACCCAUUGCUGGAACUGAAGAAGGUCGAGAAAUUCUUGGGACUCACUGAAAAGAUCAAACAAUCCAACUUCUAUUUUAAUCAGACCAAAGGAUUCUACUGCUUGCAGAGUGAGGGGCAUGAGAAAUGUUUGGAUAGUUCUAAAGGGCGCCCUCACCCAAGUAUUAACCAGACUGUGCUAGAACAAUUGUGCACCUACUUCAAAGAACACAAUAAGAAAUUCUUUGCAAUGACAAGAAGAACAUUUAACUGGUGCUAAACUAUUUUACUUUUUUUUGUUUGGUGGGAAGUGAGCAUGCUAAACGGUAAUACAGUCCCCCAAAUAUUAUGACAGAACCAAGUUUGAAACAAUUUGCAGCUGCUCCAGCUCCAGCUAUUCAAUCUCUAAACAAAUGGUUCCAUGUCAGUGCCAAACUAAUGCUGUUUAAAGGACCCUAACUGAAGAGUUGACUUAACUAGCAGGACAUAGAGGGCUACAGUGUUCACUAGUCACAUGACUGACUUGGAUCACAGAAUAUAUACAGAGGGCAACAAUCUGUGAUGCAAGUGCAGAACUAGAUAAAUCAAUGUACUGGGUGCAAUAUUUGUCAAAGAACAAUUCAAAAUUGAAUCUAAAUUUUAUAGGUUUUUAUCAGGAGACAUCACCUGCUAAACAAACAUUCCUAAUAAAGUCAGAACACAGAGGUAUAAUGAAAGCUAUCUAAUAACAAGAAGGAUUCUAAUGAGUACCCUGACCUGUAAGCAUCAUCUUAGCUAGUACAUUGCAGUUAUGUCCAGGUGAAGGUAAUCCUUUGUACAUAAACAUUUUCUCUGCACACACCAAGAAUACUGUUAUUCAUUUUCCCCAAAGGACCUACGGACAUGAAAGCAUGCUUUGUUACACAUUUUUUUACAGUCUUUAGAGAUGUAAGAGAGCUGAAGCAUAGUGCCUUAUAACCCCCUUCCCUGUAAUAUUUCAGCUCAGACUCCAGUGAUCUACAUUUUUAACUGCACUUUUUAUAAAUAAAUUAAAUUAUAAAGCAAGGAUUAGAAAGGCAGAAUUUUCUUUUUUAGUUGAAGGAUUCUUUGAAAUGAAAUGAUAACUUUUACUAUGUUUACAUGCAUAGUUCUUAGGCUUGAGCGAUCAAGGUGUCAGCUGCAUCCUCUCAAUGUACACAGGCUAGACUGCCUAAUAUUUAUUUUCAUGAGUGGCCUGUCUAAAUGUGUUAUAUCUUAUUAAAUCAUUCCUAUAGUUCAUUUUUGUAUUCUUGUAAAUCUUGCCCUUUUUAUUCUUUCCUUAUAAUCCCUCUGGUCAUGCUUCAACAGAGAGUGCAAACUUUUAUCCCACUGUAAAAAAUGUAGUAAUGUAGCUUAUGCCACAUUUUGCAUUUUAUGUUUUAUAGCUAAGUUCCAGUAGAUACACAGUAAAAAUCUAUGCAA